UCAGUGUUUCGUUGAGUUAACAUAAAGCAAGAAUCAAGAAUCGAAAACAAAAUGGCUUGUCCAACUUUCAGUAAAUGUUGUUGCUGUAUUUCUCUUGAAACUGGUGGUUUGAUUAUUGGAUGGUUUAACAUAAUUUUAUCAGUCAUCGCUCUUUUUGUGCUUGGUUUGGUACUGUCGAUAAAUAUAGUAGCAUUAACUGUAGCUGAAACGGAUGAAGUUGUUGCAUUGCUAAUAUUUACUGUAGUUGCUGCAUCAAUAAUGCUACUCUUCUAUGUUAUUAUAUUUGUGGCAGCUAUUCUGUUAGUAAUUGGCAUAAGCAAGAGGGAUCACACCAAAAUGGUACUUUUCAUGAUUCUCAUGGCAAUCGGAGUCAUACUCGAAUUUCUGAAUAUUGUCGGUGCGGACGUUGAUAGAGUGAACUUUAAAAAAUUGAAAAUGGGUUGUCCUCCAACAGUAAAUAAUUUUUUGUGUUGCUGCUCUCUUGAAACUGGUGGUUUGAUCAUUGGAUGGUUCAACAUAAUUAUUUCAUUUUUUGGAAUAAUUGGAUUCAUAAUUGUCAUCAGUUCAGCAGUAGUUGAUGGUACUGGUUGGAAUGAAUCGCCUUUUGGGCAACUUGGCGCCAUAUUGACAGCAUCGUUGUUCCUAGUUUACUAUAUUAUCGUGUUUAUUGCUUCAGUCAUGUUGGUGCAAGGUGUAAAUAACCGAAAUCAUUUGAAGAUGAAACUUUUCUUAAUAUUAAUGGCAAUCGGAGUUUUCCUUCAAUUCUUGCAAAUUUUGAUUGCUGGAUGGUCAACAUUUUUUGUUGGCCUUUUCUUCGCCUUACUGAGUCUUUACUUCUUCAUAUGUUUCAUAAUUCUAUAUGCGGUUUAUCUUAUUUAUUUUGCAAUUGUUAUAGCAGCUUCAAUUAUGCUCGUCAUUGGAACUAUAAAUAACAACCACAAUCAAAUGCUGCUUUUCAUCGUCAUCAUGGGUGUUGGUGUGAUUGUGUCAUUUUUCCAAAUUUUCCAAUUGGGAGUUGUGUUCUUGGUUCCAACAAUUUUAUCUGCUGUUGUUGCAGUUUACUUUUUCAUUUGUGUUUACUCACUCUACAAGAGGUUGAAGAACGAGAGUAUGAAAAGAACACUGAAUGGAACUCAUCCGCAAUAUGAGAAUGUUAAUUUAAGAAAUAUCUAAUGUUUAAUAUCUUCGAAGAUGUUAAUCGUAGAAUUUUAAUAAACAUAACAUUGAAUGAAUUACUUUCAUUCUUUAUUUUAAUAUUCAAACAUUCUCGCACUUUAUUUGUCAGAUUAAUUAUUUAAUAGAUAAGAUUUAAGAAAUAAAAAGAAAUUACAUUCCCUCAUGCUAUUAAAAAGUCGUUUAAAUAACAUAAC